CAUGGAUGUAUAUUACUUUUUGUUUUCAAAAUGCUCAAAAGCCGGAAAUAAAAACUGUAGAUAUAUCUCAAGUACUUUGUGACAUAUGUGUCCAGACAGAUAUACAUGUCAAUCAGCUUUAAAAAGUCAUUUUACCAUUUAGCAUUAUUUGGUUAGAUGAAAAUGAUUUUGUGGAUACUUUUGAUGACUUUCAAUUUAAUGCAAUGCCAAGCCAUUACUGACCUACAAAUACGACUAAGAGAUGGACAAAACAGGUUUGAGGGGACAGUGGAAGUGUUUUAUAACAACACAUGGGGAUAUGUUUGCGAUGAUGGAUGGUCCCAAAGAGCUGCCGAAGUGGUCUGUCACAUGUUGGGUUAUCAAAGAUCUGGCGCUAGAGCGGUGACGGAUAAUGGAUAUCAAUCGGACCAUGUUUACGGCUACCUACUCGACGAUGUCUCCUGUCCGACAAGUGUGUUGACCUUAGACGAUUGUUCCCAUUCUAAUUGGGGUCAACAUGACUGUGGCCCCACGGAGAAGGCGGGUGUUAUUUGUACUGCAGCCACAUCUAACCUACAAUUACGACUAGGAGACGGAAAAAACAGAUUUGAGGGAACAGUAGAAGUGUUUCAUAACAACAAAUGGGGAUAUGUCUGCGAUGAUGGAUGGUCCCAAAUUAACGCCGAAGUGGUCUGUCACAUGUUGGGUUAUCAAAGAUCUGGUGCCAAAGAGGUGAGUGAAAAUAAAUUUACAUCGAGCAAGUUUAAUAACGAGUAUCUACUCGACGAAGUCUCCUGUCCGGCAUAUGUGUCGACCUUAGACGAAUGUUCUCAUUCUGGCUGGGGUAAACAUAACUGUGCCUCCGGGGAGAAGGCGGGUGUUAUUUGUGCUAACGUCAUUACUGACCUACGAAUACGACUACGAGAUGGAAAAAACAGUUUGGAGGGAACAGUGGAAGUGUUACAUAACAACAAAUGGGGAUAUGUCUGCGACGAUGGAUGGACCGAUAGUAACGCCGAAGUGGUCUGUUACAUGUUGGGUUUUCAAAGACCUGGCGCCAAAGCGGUGAGUGGCAAUGGAUUUAAAACGAACCACGUUUACGACUUCCUACUCGACGAUGUCACCUGUACAGCAUAUGUGUCGACCCUAACGAGUUGUUCACAUGCUGGAUGGGGUAAACAUAACUGUAAGCCCGAAGAGAAGGCGGGUGUUAUUUGUGCAAACGAGUGUGGCGGAAGACAUUUUGGUCUAAAUUGCAAAAAUAAUUGUUCUUCGCAAUGUUCUCAAACUGUUUGUGACUCUAAAACUGGACGUUGCAAGGAAUGUAUACCAGGCUUUAAAGGCGACUUUUGCGACAUCACCUGUGACGGAACUCAUUUUGGACCAAAUUGCACAGAAAAUUGUUCUUCGCAAUGUUCUCAAACUGUUUGUGACUCUAAAACUGGAAGUUGCUUGGCAUGCAUACCAGGCUUUGAUGGCGACUUUUGCGACAUACCCUGUAACGAAACACAUUUCGGAUCCAGUUGCAUAUCGGAAUGUUCUUCGCAAUGUUCUCAAAGUGUCUGUGACUCUGAAACUGGAAGUUGCGUCACAUGUAUACCAGGCUAUAUAGGUGAAUUUUGCAACAUAUCCUGUAACGAAACACAUUUUGGACAAAAUUGCACAGAAAAAUGUUCUUCCCAAUGUUCUCAAACUGUUUGUGACUCUAAAACUGGACGUUGCAUAGCAUGUAUACCAGGCUUUAAAGGUGACUUUUGCGACAUACGCUCAGAUAUCCAGGAGUCCUCUGUUGCCAUUAGCGUGGCAGUUGGUGUGGGCGCGGCUGUAAUUCUCUUAGUGGUUAUUGCUGUUGUUCUUUACAAAAGACGAGUUCAACAAGCGAAACAAAAAUCAGAGGCUGGUGUUGAGAAUGUCGUACAGUCAGGGGAAGUAGAUCAUUACGACAAAGUUCAACCUGAAGACACUAGCAAAGUAGAAUAUCAGAAAUGCUUAAACGAGAGCAUAUAUGAAAAUAUUCCUAGAGAAAUGCUAUAUGAGACUAUUUCCUUCAUUGAAAAAUGACAUAGCAUAUAGUAAUCAGCCGUAUUUUGUUUCAAGAAUGGUUUUAAAGAAGAAACUAUUAUUAUUUAGAAUCACGUUAGCUCUGUAUUUUGCAAAACUUUUAUCAACCCUGUCUGUUUGGUAAAAAAAGUUAAGCACCUUAUUUAUCCCAUACAAAAUCUCGGAUCAUGUAAAAAAUUUGCACAAUUAUUUUUCGUACCUGACAGAACUAGAAUCGUUUUAAAAAAAUAAUCUAAUAGUUAAUAAAGUAUUGGUAAUUAAUUCUGAGCAGGGCACGUAUCCCGUAUGGGAGACGAACGUAUGCCAAAAGCAGUCUUAUUUGGUGAGCUAAAAGUGGUCUACGUAAUAGAGGUGCCCAACGGAAACGAUUCCAAGACCAGCUUCGGCGCAAACUUGCCUUAGCUGACAUAGAAGAGAGCAUGCGGCAUCAGAACGAGACAUCUGGAGGUCACUCACGAAGGCCGCGGGAUACACAUUAGAGACCAAAAGAAAAUCCGCUGACGAAGACAGGCACAGUAGGAAAAGGAAAAUUGAACUCGACCACCUGCGGACACGGGUUUGUUAUGCUUGCUGUGGGUGUGGAAAAAUACGCAGGUCAAGGCUGGGCCUGUGCAGCCACGGGAAAUACUGCAUUUCUCACUCAUCUCUGAACUCGAAGACAAGCCUUAUUAUAAUAAUAAUAAUAAUUAUUAUUAUUAUUAUUAAUUAAUUAAUUAAUUCCUAUGUUUACUAUCGAACAAGGGAAAUUAAUUGUGUAUGACAGAUGUGGUAGUAUAAGUUAAAUUACGUCCCUUGAGUAGGCUUGCGCCAUGAGUUUAGUAAUAUUACUUUUUUUCAAUCUGUUUAAAAAGCGAUCCUAGCAAUUUUAACUGCUUCUCUCCCUUCCUUCACUAGUUCGAUAAAACAAAGUGCUAGGAUUAUAGCGCAUUGAGAACGUUAACUCUUUCUCUCCUUACUGACGAUACCAGCGUUGAUUCUACCAGAAUGUGGUAAAUAAUUACGGAGAGAAAGAGUUAAAAGGAUGACAUUGCGCUAAAAAGAAACAAUUGCUAAAAAUAUUUCUUAUCACCCAGAUUUAUUAUUGUUAGUCUAGGUCAGGGGUUCUCAACCUGUGUAUCGUGACCCCCUUGGGGGUCGAUUGACGAUUUGCCAGGGGUCGCCUAAGACCAUCGAAAAUAUGGAUUGUUAUUGUCUAUUCUUAUAGUGCUGUGUGGGUGGUGGUCGCGGCAGAGCGGGAGAUUAUAAUAAGGGGUCGCCGAGUAAAAAAGAUUGAGAACCGCUGGUCUAGGUUUAUUUAAUCACAUAACUGAUUGAAUAUAUCUGACAAAAUUACACUUAAUAUAAGCUUUGUUUUGUUUUUAUUAAGCUACUUUUGAUGUCUUUUUUGUUUUUGUACUGCAAUCAGUCUCAAGGAAAACUGUCCUCUACAUUUACUUAUUAAUGAUUUCAACAUAAAUUGUACUUAACUCAGACGAUGAAGAGUUAGGCUUAGGAACGGGUUAGGAUUACAAAUCUUGUCGAUUUCGUGGCGACACUGUCUUCUCUAGCAUUAGAUAGGAAACUUAAAGGGUUUGCUUGAUUUAAGUCAUAACAACAUAUGAGUUUUAUAUCAGCAAACAAGAGCAGCAAAGAUAACGAUUAGUGAGAAAACUGUCUUCGUUUAAUGUUAGUGAACAGGCCUUGGCUAUGUUUUAUCACGCUCACAUCUGCAAUAUUUUAAGUUUUAAUAUGACUGCCUGGUACGGAAAUCUAAACUCCUUAGUAUCCUAAAUGCUGCUGGUGAAACAAAUCCCAUUUGGGCAGCGGUUUGAGACAAACAUCUAUAAAGAAGCUAAAAGGAUUCUGGAAAUAAAGAAAUACAGACAAACAGACACAAAACUGGUUUGUUCCCCUGGUAAUCAAAUCAUUAAAGAGAAACGAUCUGUUAUAAACUUUUUACAUGUAAAUUUUGAGUGAGUCUGGUGUGAAUGUACAUUUUUUUUUCUAGUUCAAUGUUUUAUUUGAUGUAAUGUACAAAUUGUAAGACAAAUUUCCAUACGGACAAUUUACUUAUUAUUAUUAUUAUUAUUAUUAUAUUUUUCACUGUCUGGUUAUUAUUAUUUUUAUUAUUAUAAUAAUUAUUAUUAUUAUAUUAUGUUAGAAAUGAGCAAGUAUUCAUUCUUGGGCCCUACCAGGGUAGAGUUUCGUUAAAGAGAUACAAAAUUAAGUGUCCACUAAGAAAUUUUCUGAUGAUGUAGCAGGUCUGAAGCAGUACCGCCCUCUGACAGGCAAAGAGCAUUUUCUUUAGAAUGUUAAUGGGCUUGAAGCUAUCUGUGAGGUCAGUUGUCAUUAUCCUCUCAGUUGAUAUAACAACAGGGUAUAUUGUUAUUUUAGACAACUUCUAUAAUCACUUAAUUUGCAAGCCUAGGUUCCCAUAUUUCUUUGUUUUGUCCAUUUGUCCAGUUUUUCUUAAAUUUAAAUCAUUAUUAUUAUAACUUUUAUAUAGCGCUACUUUCAUAUAUGCUAUAUGCUUAUAGCAUGCCCAGAGCGCUUUUGGUCCAAUUUCAUUUCUGGACCGGUGGGGGUAUCUAGGAGUUGGUUUUCCGUGCUGCCUUAGGCAGCUCAGUAAACACAACUCUGCCCGAGUCGGGUGUCGAACCUCGACCCCCGCCCCCCCCCCCCCCCCUUGUAGGGAGCCAAGCCAAGCCAAGUUCAAAGCGCACUUGGCUUCUUGACCCUUUAACCUAUACUAUUUGUUUUGUUAUUAUUAUUAGUAGUAGUAAUACUGGUAGUAGUGGAUGUAGUAAGCGUAAUGUUUUUAUGGUGCUGGCCACAUAACAUCCUUGUUAACCUUCAUCCACUAAUAGAGUGUAAGGUAUGACCUGUGUACCAUUAUCUUUUUCCUUAAUGUUGAUAUGAACGUACAAUACAUUUUUUUUUAAUAAAUGCACGCUUAUGUCGUGGAAUUAUAAUACAUUAAAUUAUUACAUUAAAUUAUUACAAUGUAUUUUGAAAUGUAUGUUUUUUCAAAGUAUUAAUUGUAUAUGUUAAUUAAUAUGCAUGCAAAUUAAACCUGUUAUAGACUGUAGUGUUGGUUUCGCAUGGCUGUUAACGUGGAAGUUUUAAUGCUUUUAAGCGUACCAUGACCUAUAAACUGCUUCCAGUGGCACGCGUCACUAGUAGCCUGACAACCAGUUCAACCCCUGGCCUUGUGGUUCAAAUAUUGAGCCAUUCCGAACCACUGACAGGAGAAGGUGUAAAGGCGAAUAAAUGGCGCAUUAACCAGUAAACUUUGGGCAGGCUCGUUAGCCUUGGUUGGCUACCCAUCUAGAAGAAGGAAAACUUUUAAUCCAAACCUCCGCUGCCUUGCGACUAUGCCCAAUCACCGAAAAGGCUUCGUGAGACAACCCUGAGGAAAAAUUUGGAGCUGUGGACCCUUAGCCAGAUUGAGGCACACUGCGCUACAACCUAAAAGAGCCUGCGGCGCUACUGAUCCCAAACUGUAUCGGAUAUUUCCGUUCCUUUGUUCACAUCAGCUGCGUGGAGAGGGGGGAACUGCUUUGUGGCUGACAUCGUUCCGACCAUAAAUAAUGCCCAGGUUUCAACUAUGAACCAUACUCGAUACGACUGAAGGAGGCCAACAGAUUGGAGUGUGAAGACAUGCCAUACUUAUAAAAACAAAACAGUUGAGAGACUAUUUACAAACAGUAAAACAAAAAAAGACAUUGAUAAUAGGAUGAUGCUUAAUGUAAAGUAAUUUAAGUUAUUCUCAAUGAAUAAACAAUGCGAAGUGGAUGAGAGGUAGAGUGUUUGGCUUCUGAACCAAGGGGUCUUGUUCAAAAUCUGGUUAAUGCUAGCAUUUAGGACAAUUUUGAGACUACCUAGUUCUAAUGGGUAUCUGGUAUAUGUGUGUGUGUGUGUGUGUGUAUUUGUUUGUCUGGAGAUAUCCACUUAAGAAAUGUAUUAUCUUCUUUCGUUGGUCCAUAAAAAAAAAGAUGUUUAACGAAUUGACCUUAUUUUAUUUCUUUUUAGUUUAAGACUAAGACUAAGACUAAGACUAAGACUGCUUUAUUGAUCCUUACGGAAAUUUGUUGUGAUUACAAGGACUCGUUUCUCAUAUAAAGACAACACAACAGAAAAAUACACAUAAAUACAACAGACAACAUAAAGAGUUCAUUCAGCGACUACACACAGGUAUCUUGGUGCAUUUCAUGUUCCCUGAUCAAUGAGUGGCGGUGAUAGAGUCUGACCGAGUGAGGUACGAACGAGUUUUUGUACCGCUCCGUUCUUGUUUUGAUUGACAGCAGUCGCCCACUUCGCGACGACCUGGCGUAGUUCUGAUGGAGCGGGUGGCCGUUGUCUUCCAAGAUUUUUUCGAUUUUUCUUAGGCACGUUUGUUCAAAAAGUUCCUUUAAAUGUGGUAAUGUUGUGAGUGUAAUUUUUGAUGCUUUUUUAAUGAUGUUUUCUAGACGUUGCAACAGUUUAGAUGAGGCGUUGCCUUGCCAACAACUUAUUCCGUAUGUUAGCAGAUUUUGUACUGUCGCGCCGUAAAAUGUCUCAAGGAUCUUCUUGUUUAAUUUAAAACUGUUGAGUUUGUAUAGAAAAAAGAGUCGCUGGGCUGUUUUCUUUGUCAGAGUUCCAAGGUGGUCUUCCCAUGAAAGCUUGUUGUUGAUGAUAAUGCCUAGAUAUUUAUAUGCCUUUACUUGUUCUAUAGAUGUAGUGUUUAUUUGCAGUUCACGUAUAGUUUGUUUUUUCUUUCUAAAAUCUAUUAUAAGUUCUUUAGUUUUUGUUACAUUCAGUUCUAGAAAGUUGUCGGUGCACCAGUUUGUAAACUCUUCUAUCGAGCUUCGAUACUGAGUUUCGUCUCCUGAAAUAAGACCGACUAUGGCAGUAUCAUCAGCGAAUUUAAUGAGUUUAACUGAGUCAUAGAUGCUUCUUAUGUCAUUAGUGUAAAGAGUGUAUAGCACAGGAGAAAGUACACAACCUUGUGGAGCACCCGUACAUAGUACUCGAGUUGACGAUUUGGUGUUGUUGACUUUAACAUACUGGGGCCGUUGGGUUAAAAAGUUUAGAACCCAUGCUUGCAAGUAAGGGCUUACAUUUAAGUUACUCAGUUUGUUUAUCAUUAGAUGUGGCUGUAUGGUAUUGAAAGCCGAGGAGAAAUCUACGAAGAGGACUCGUGCAUAUGUUUUGGGUAUAUCGAGAUGCUUAUAAAGCUGGUCCAAAAGCAAUAGAAUGGCAUCCUCAGUUCCUCUAGCUGCUUUGUAUGCAAAUUGGUGAGGGUCUAGGCUGUUAUUGACUUUUGCUACAAGUUGUUUCAGAAUAUAUUUUUCAAAACAUUUCAUAACAAUAGGUGUUAGUGCUACUGGGCGGAAAUCAUUUAAGCAAUCUAUUUUUGGUUUCUUAGGCACUGGUAUGAUUUCUGAAGUUUUCCAGAUGUUUGGAAUUACGCACGUUUGCAAUGACUGGUUAAAGAUAUGACAGAAGAUAGAAGAAAUUUGCCCCGCACAUAGCUUGAUCAGCUUGCCACUAAUUUUGUCCGGUCCACAAGCUUUUGUUACGUCUACUCUCUUAAAUAACAAUGUCACUUCAUCCUCCGUUACAAAAUUGACGUAGGGCUCUUGUUUUCCUUUGGACAGAGUGUUGAAAAGUUCUUUGUGUAGUUCAACAAAAUCUUCUUUGUCAAAACGAGAAUAGAAAUAAUUUAGUUCGUUGGCGAAUUUCUCAUCAUCAGCCACUAAAAUUUGUUUUCGUUUUGAGGCGCAGCCUGUUAUUUUCUUUAAUCCCUCCCAGCAUUGUUUUGAGUUGUUCUUUGCAAAGAAAUUCUCAAUUUUUUCUUUGUAUGUUUUUUUCCCUUCAAUUAUUGCUUUUCUCAGUUUAUUUUUAGCAUUUAUAAACUCUUCGUUGCUAGCCUUAUACUUUGUUUUCUUUUCAGUAAUAAGGUGUUUGAUUUUUUUGGUCAUCCAGGGCUUAUUGUUUCCAUAGACUUGUAUUGUUUUUGUUGGAAUUGUUAACUCCUCGCAGAAUGAUAGAUAUGAGGUAACAGUUUCUGUUAGUUCGUUUAUGUCUGGACAGUUCUCAAUAAAGAUUUCCCAGUUAGUUUUCUCAACGCAUCCUCGUAGUUUUUCUACAGCCUCUUCAGACCACAUCUUGACCGUUUUUAUAACUCUCUUUGUAGUUUUAAUCAGGUCAAAGUAUGAAAACUUAGCAAGAAAGCGACAAUAAUUUAUUCUUUGAUAAAACUGUCCGUGCUCUAAUCAUAAAUCUUACAGAAUGGACAUUAUACAUUUCGGUCAAAUAAUAAUAAUAUAGGUCAGUGAGCCUGGAAGUAAAAAUUACAGAUAAUUUAAAGUUGAAUCCUUAAGAUGACAGCUGAUAACAUUAUUAGAAAUGUCGUUUGCUUACACAAUCAGUGCCGGCCAUGGUCCACAGCAACCUAUGCGGUCACAGUAGGCCCCGUACUUUCAUAGGCCCAGCGCAACUUUCAGGUGUAAAUUAUUAAAUAAAACUAUUAUAACUUAUAUAUGGUUGCAUGUGGCAUCAGAACGAGACAGCUGGAGGUCGCUCAUGAAUGAUGCACAUUUGAGACCAAAAGAAAAUCUGCUACUGAGGACAAACGCAGACGGCGAAAAGAAAACCUAAAUCAAGCACCUGCUUGCCCUAGAUGUGGCAAAAUAUGUAGGUCACAGCUGGGGUUGCCCAACCUCGGGAAAUACUGCAUUCCUUACUAAUCUUCGGACUCGAAGAUUGUAUGUAUAUAUAUAUAUAUAUAUAUAUAUAUAUAUAUAUAUAUAUAUAUAUAUAUAUAUACAA